AUGACAUUUGAGGCAUUCAAACUGAAAGGCCUCUAUGAACAGGUCAGAAAUGACUAUAUUAGAGAAGCUGAGGAGAGGCUCGAGGCUCGUUUGGCCAGAGAGGUAGAAGAGAAAACACACAGAGAAGUGGAAGAGAAAGCGAGAAGAGAAGCAGAAGAAAAGGCCAUUGACGAGGCUGUUAUUGUUGCUGAAGUUGAAGCCAAAGCCAAGGCUGACGCUGAAGAAGCAGCACACAUUGUUGCAGAUGAAGCUACCAAGCCAAAGGACGCAACUCUGACUCAAGGAGACUCAUCUCAUUCUGACCUUGCUCCGUUGGUACUAAAUACCCUGGAGGAACUCCAGAGAGAACAACAGAUUAUGAGAGCCAGACUGGAUCAACAGGACUCUGUAAACUCCAACAUUAAGAAUCUGCUGACUCAGCUGCUGCAGAGGAUGCCACCUCCUCUGAACCCUUAG